CAAUGAACGGUCAGAUACGCCACCACGCCUUGUAUUCGUCGUAGUAAAUAAGUUACGCCUGGCGCUGAUUCAGGAUCAGCCCGAGUCUUUGGAUAACAUUAUUAGUGGAAGGCUGUGCGAUAGGUGAAGUGAUCCUGGGUCGAUCUGAAGCCCAGAAGCUCCGACUGGUUAAAGACCUUUCCGAUUGGGUCCGAGGCGCCAGGGCAAGGGCCAAUCACACAGGGCGCUUAGACGGCGCAUCAUUUGAACACGUCGAGUUCGCUGAACUUCCGCAUGCUGCGAUGCUAGCAAUGUAGCUUGCUGGCACAACAUUAAGUCACCCCUUUGGUCUCCUGGUGUAAUUUUUGGUUCUUCCCCAGUCUGGCAACCCUGCUCUCCUUGUGCCCCCCUUGUCCGUCUCUAAAGACAACGUCGCGCCCGGCACAUCGGGAGAAUGCGCCGUUCCAGCGGCAGACGAAAGGCCGGGACACCUCGGCGGCGCUCCCCACCCCCGCCUUCGCCAGCGAGAGCGGGCAGACCCGCCCCACCACCGUCAGCGGGCUCCCCAGAGAGGAGGAGGAGGAGGUUUCGGCCCGGCACUCGAGCCCUAAUGGAGAUCCGGAAAUACCAGAAGUCCACCGAGCUCCUGCUGCGGAAAGCGCCCUUCUCCAGAGUGGUUCGGGAGGUGUGCCAGACCUUCAGCAAGCUGCACCUGAGGUGGCAGGCCAUGGCCCUGCUGGCUUUGCAGGAGGUACGCUAACCCCGCACUGCUGUGUGCCUGCAGGGACACCGCGCCAUUUCAGCACUGACCGUGUCACUUUCCUUUCCUCUUUCACUUUCUUUCCCUCUGGCCCUGAACGUGUCACUUCCUUUUCCUCCUCUGUCCCUGAACGUGUCACUUCCUUUUUCUUCUGGCCCUGAAUGUGUCACUUUUUCUUCUGGCCCCGAACGUGUACUUCCUUUUCCUCCUCUGUCCCUGAACGUGUCACUUCCUUUUCCUGUGGCCCUGGGCAUGCCACUUCCUUUUCUUCUGGCGCUGAACGUGUCACUUCCUUUUACUCCAGCCCUGAACUGUCA